AUGGGUAAUCAACCCAGUACCGAGAACCACAACAAACUGUCCAAACCGAAGACCAACACCAACUCCGCGAGCGCGGCGGGGAAGCUCGACUCCCCGCAAUCCACAACAUCGAGAUCGGCAGACCUCACCCCCGAAGGACGCCAACAAAUCAAAGAUGCACUGCUCUCACCUAUUGCUAGCGAGUUCGAUCCCACCACAUGGACACACGAGGAUGAUGGGUUAGGGGAGGUCACAAAGACGCGUGGUCGCGCGUCGACAGUUGGUUCGAGAUCGAACUCGCGAACAAACUCAAGAGCCAAUUCCCGAACCAAUUCUUUGUCGUGUUUCCGGAGCAAGCACAGCUCGGCCGCCCAGCUUGCUGGCCUAGCUGACUCCAAGCUGUCUUUGGCUUCUGUCUCACACGUGGAUGUUGCUGAAGCAAUUCGGCUUCUACAACAAGUCAAGAAGAAUGGCACACCAGAAGAUCUUGCGGCGCUGCAAGAAGUCCUUGAAUCACCUGAGGAGCCUCCCCAGCCGGUAGCUGAGGCACCUCCUAGCCGAAGAACUUCGCUAGUUGAUCGAUCUUCUUCUUCGCUCACACGCCGUCAGUCCCUGGUCCAGACACCUGGUGUAGGCACACGACACUCUCCCAUCGAGGGACGUCGCAGGACAUGGAAUUCAUGGAAAGCGCCGAAGCUCAGCCCUGAGGAAGAGGCAAAGUGGCAGCAAAAGUCAAAGGCGAAGGCGCAUUUGAGCCCUCAAGCAGCUCUUCGCUUGUCUGAUGAACCUCGCGAUAACAACACAACGCGAGCCCACACCCCAUCGGACCUGGAUUAUGCGCAUCUAGGGAACAUACAGCCAGGAACUCUCGUUGUCACGAACGGUGCGGCAUCGCCUGUUCCCAGUUCAGAAACUUUGGAGUUGCGCAAGACUGAAGAGGAGGACUAUUUCGAAGCAACAGAGUAUGCCUCCAGUCCGUUGACGAUGAAGUCAACACGCCAGAGAGCUCAUACAAGGAGCAAGUCAGCCGCUGUUCCAGCGACUUCUUCAUUGUAUGAGCUGGAAGCCAACGAAGUAGCCACAGCGCACGAAUUAGAGACCCCGGUCGUUAUGAUGGCGUACACGUCUGAGCCGCAACACAACACCGAAGCUGAAUCCCCAAAGUUUCUGCGGCUCACGCCCCAGGGCAAGAAAGGCGCAGCGCAGUUCGCCCAGAGCUACCAGGACGAUAUCCCAUUAAGCCCGUUUCUUGCGUCCGAGGAGACAACUGAGUCCAACCAGCCGGAGCCUUCUCCUACCUUACAAGAGCCCAAGCCUCAGCCUGAAAUCGAGAUCUCAGCACCUUCGUCCCCAUCGAUCGCGCCCACCUCCAACAAGCCAAAGAGCAAAGCUUCUCAGCGGCCAGCACCACGUACGACCGAUUCUGGCUACUCAUCCGCUGGCAGUCUACGGAUAGUCGGUCAAGAUCCGACGGAAAACGCCACCACCAUUCUCUGUCAUCGGUGCAACGACUCGCCGCAAAUGGUUGAGGUAAGCCAGGGACGCGAGACUCGCCGUUCAAUUCUUGUGAAACAGAACCGUCAAUUCGUGGAGUCGCCGAAUACCACGAGCGAUUCGGACGGCUCAGCCGAGAGUGUCAGAUCCAAGCAAUCGCUAUCAGUCAAUGUGCAGAAGGCGCGAUACCUGCCAGCGCUGAACAGUCCGGUCCCGUCUACUAGCUCUUCUACCAGAUCAUCGACGUCUGAGUGUGUACAUUCGCCAAUAACAUCCCGAUCCAUCGGUUCAAGGGCGUCGUUUGACAGUGCUUCGUCGAAACAGCAAAAGCGAUUUCACAAGAAGCGGCCGUCCCAGGCUGAGCAUCCUGUUGUUCAGUCAUGCCAGCCAAUCCCAGAGGGAACGAUUCCUGAGGUCCCAACCAGGGUGCGAGCCAAGUUUGAGCGACGCGUGUCGAGCUCUCCGGGAAUGGAUUGCUUGACGCACACCUACCCGACAAAAGAGCACGUUUCUGCGGACGAUUCCACCAUGGAGGCUUCUGCUCCGGAGCAGACUGAGUUCAAGCCACUCGCUGAAUUGGAGGCUGAGCGUGCACCCACACCCCCUGCUCACGGUCGUCGCAGGAGCUUGUCCUUCUUCCGAAGGAAGUCUGCACCUGCACAGAGUCAGCCCGAGCAAGAGCCUGAGCAGGCCGCACUUGAUGUGGUUCAUCUUGGUACCAUCACCUCGUCCCUUGGCACAUCUCCGUACGACAUUGCCAUGUCCGACACCCCGAAACAGCGUGUUGUUUCUCCAACCCACCCACAUCAGCUAGGCGCUUCUUUGCCUCGGUCGAAGUCGAUGGUGACCAUGGACAGUAAAUCUGCUGCAGAGUUUGCGCGCCUACACAGCAGGGACCUAUCCGUUACUCGACGGGACAUGCCCUCUCAACAGCGCCGGAAAAGCCUCCAUAACUUGAAGAAAGAAACUGGUGAGGCUACAGCGUCGAAGCUUCGCCCACAAAGCGUCGACGUCCCACCUGUGCCGUCCAUCAACACGGCCAGGCUUAGCGUCCCACAGGCUGGUAAGCCUCAAGGACCCAGGGCUGCUCCCAGCCCCAGGCCUCGCAGUCCGAGAGGGUCUCCUCCGGUGAUCAGAUAUGGCGCGCCUCCGCAACAGCCUCCUCAAGGUGUGAUCUCGCCAAGGCAGUCCCAGGUCUGGCAUCAGCGCCGUAGGACGCUGGGAGACCGCCUGUACUCGGAUGUCAACCUGGACCUGUACUCGGAUCCAAACGACGCGUCCAACAAUGCGAGUCCAGUCGAAAGCCCAUGCGAAAGUCCCCUCGAAAUGACUCCCCGCAAAGAAGUCAAGGGUUCCAACAACAUCUCUAGGUGGGAUCGCUUUAGUGGGGGUUUGGACUACAACUACGAACAUGGGGCGGGCAUCGGAGGCAGCGCCGGCACGCGAUCGCACCACAGCAACGCGUCGCUGAAGUCGCUGGCCUUCCAGCACCAGUACGGCGUGGACCUGUCCGACGUACCCAUUAUGAUCCGGUACCAAUCGUGA